CCAUUAUUGACUCGGAGCCCAAUUCAAAAAAUUUAUAAGGCUAAACAAACAUACAACAAUCCAUGGGCCAAGGCCCAAGCUAAAUAGCAAAAACUACUUUGACGAUUGAGGCCUUCUUUACUACUCAAUUGAGCAGCCGUUAGGUAACACACAGAAAAUACAGAACAACAUUUUCUCUCCAUUGCAGCACUUUUCAAUUCUCCAUUGCAACGUCUUUCCAGAUAUACUUGCAAGCAAGCGAAGAUGGUUGUGCUUAAGAAAUACCCAUCUUCCAUCAAUGGAGGUGAAAUGGAAGACGAUGAAGAGUUCGACACAAUGGUCAGUGAUUCAGAAUCUGAUCUGGAAUCUGAAUCCGAUGGUGAAGAAAAAGAUGACAUAAAGCUAACAGAACCUUCAAAAACUGCUAUCAAUAAUAAGGAGGGUCUUCUUGAGAAGCUUAGUGAGAUAAGCUGGCCUAAGGAUGCCGAUUGGAUACACAGUCUCUCAGUAGUUAUUGAUCAAGACCAAGAAGUUGAUGUGAAUGAUGACCUUGCACGCGAGGCUGCAUUUUAUACACAAGCUUUACAAGGAACCAGAGAAGCCUUUGCUAAGCUUGAAUCUAAAGGGCUCCCAUAUCUAAGGCCGUUUGAUUAUUAUGCUGAAAUGGUGAAGACAGAUGCUCAUAUGGGAAAAGUGAAAGGCAAACUCUUGUUGGAGAAGAAGCUAAGGGAAGAACAAGAAGAGAGAAGGAAAGCUAGAGAAGCUAAGAAAUUCUCCAAACAGGUACAGGCUGAAAAGCAGAAAGACCGAGCCAAGGAGAAAAAGGAGAGCAUAGAAUCUGUUAAGAAAUGGAGGAAACAGAGGGAAAGGAGUGGGUAUGCAAAUGAUAAGGAUGAGAUGAAAUUGUCAUUUGAGGAGGGUGGAGGUGGAGCCAAAGGGAAACGCAGAGGGCCUCCUGGUGUGUCUCCCGGAGAUAGGUCUGGUGGGAAGGCUGGAAAGUUUGGCAAGGGUCAAAAGGGCAUGGACAAGAAGAGGAAGAGUCGUGAUUUUAAAGAUUCUAAAUUUGGGUUUGGGGGCAGGAAAGGUGGGAAGAAGCAGAACACCGCUGAAACAACCAACGACUUCAAAGGGUUUAAUAAGGAGUCUCGUUUUGGUAACAAGAAGAGAAAGCAAUUCUAGAUUUUAUUUUUCUUAAGCCUUCUCGUAUGUGUUGAUCUACAGUUUUGUAGCCUGUUUGAUUUUGUAAUGUCUUGAAGCCGUUAGCAGUUUUUAACAUUUUUGAGACUAUUGUCAUAUGGUGAUCAAUGUAUAAUUAUUUGCCUCAUGUAAUUUGUUAUGCAACUAAUUGAUAGAAUCACAGAACUAGACGAUACUAUAUGCA